GAAGAGGUUAGGAAUGCGCAUGCGCGGGGGUUGUUAACCUCAAAAUAAAAAUGGUGUAUACAAAUAAUAGCGGUGGCGAAUUAUUUGUUUGAAAAUUGCAUUCAUUGUGGUUUUCCGGAGUUUGUGUUUGACUGUUUUCUCGGGGUAAAAUGAGCGACGAGGAGGAUGAUUUUGUUACUUACGGAAACGCGCUCGAUCCGCUGGAUGAAGAAAACCUCCCUAGAAAGAAAGCUGUGACCAUUGAAGAGCAAUUCGCUUACGAUGAUCAAGGCAGAAGAAGAUUCCAUGGUGCUUUCACGGGUGGUUUUUCUGCUGGAUAUUUCAAUACAGUGGGCUCACGAGAUGGCUGGCGACCACAGCAGUUCAAAUCUACAAGAGCAAAUAAGGCUGGUGGGGUUGUCCAGCGUCCUGAAGAUUUUAUGGACGAGGAGGACACAGGACAGUUUGGUAUUGCACCAACAGCCAUUAGAGCAACUCAGGAGUACAGCGACGAAACGCACAAAGGUAAGAAAAGAGAGCGGGCCAAGCAGGAUAGCAGUGGACCCAUUCCUGGUACGCCUGUUUUGAGGGAACUUCUUAAGCCAGUUCGAGAAAGAGCUGGUGUGAUGCUCCUGAAAAAAAUGGGAUGGAGACCAGGUCAGGGAGUAGGACCCCGGCUUACAAAAAAGGAAAAGAAACAUCAAAGGAAACAGAGGGAAAACAUUAAAGUAUAUGGCUGUUCCCUACCCAGUCAGCAAAGCAAAUAUAGCGAGAGCGAGUCAGGAUCUUCGGAUGAUGAAUUUGCUGAUGUAACUUUUGCCCCCGAUGACUAUGAACCAUUCAGGUGCAAUCCAAAGGACAAUUAUUUUGGCAUUGGAUACAGCGGCUUGGACCGCCGACCAGUUCUCGGUCAGCACAUAAAUCUGUUCGAAGCCCCGUCUUUCAGUGUCCAAGACAAAAACAAAAAACUGUCCAUCAAAGGUCAAGCAUUUGGAGUAGGAGCUUUCGAGGCAGAGGAUGACGACAUCUACGCGAGGGACGACAUGUCCCGCUACGACUUUGCUCUCGGUCCCGAGCGUAAAGCCAAGAGCAGAUGGUCCAAGAAAGACGAGCCAAAGCACAGUUGCAUUGAAGGUUUCGUUCCGGCGAAGCAGCAGCUUUCACAGAAAAAAGUCUUUAUCGCACCAACGUUACCCAAAGAUUUUAAUCCUGUACAUAAAGUUAGGAAGAGUCGAUUUUCACCUCUCGCAGAAGAACAGAGCAACGUUCGGAAGAGGUACGAAAUGAACGCCGAGAGCAGAGCUAAAAUCAUAAACGACGACAGGCCGAGCAUCAUAGACUCGAAGAAAGCCGAACCAAAGAACACCAGCGUAGCGGCAAAACUGAUAAGCCGCACCUUAAAUCUCCACGGAAAAGAGCAAAGCGCUGAAAGACAGAAGUUGGAACAGAGUCAGCCCAAGAAAUCCGCCAUGUCCUGGCUGGACAAGCUCUCCGCCACAACGUUCGUCAAAGGCGAGACGAUGGGCUUGGAUCCGAAAAUCCAAGGAAACCUUCAGAGUGCGAGUGCCUUUGAGAGCGGACAGGAGAAUAAAGGUCAAGAGCCCAGCGAAGACACGAACCUCACGAGACCGUCCUUCGCUGAUCUGGACAAGCAGCGACGCUUUGAGCAAUUCCUGUCGUUCUCCGAGGGCGAGAGAAAGCUCAAGUUCUCCAGCGUCCAGCCCCUGUCUAUGACUGAGUGGGAGCGGGAUCAGGAGGUCGAAGAGUUCGAGAAAGCCGCCGCCUUGUGCGAGAGGAUAGACAAGGCUCGAAAGAAUGCAGACGAGAAAACAGAGGAGCAAAAGAAGCUCGAAGCUAAAGUAGACCUCGAGAGUUUGAAACCACAGGAUAGGAUGACAGCUGCUGCGAAGAUGAAGAUGUACGGCAAGCUCACGAGAACCGACGAGGAGUGGAAGCCGGCGAAGCUCGUCUGCGUGAGAUUCAACAUAGCCGAGCCCUCGGUCGGCGUUGCCGAGGACGACAAAAAGAAAAAGAAGUUCUCCAUUUUCGACUCCAUUGCCUGGAACGAGGUGUCGAAAUUCGAGGCGGGUAGGAAAUUGGAAUACGAAUGCGAGCCAGGGCCCUCGACAUCCUCCGGAAUUUCACACGAGGAGGAAUCCGACUACGGGAUAGAGCCAUCGUCGAGUGAGCCGAGGCCGAGACUGACUGAGAAAGAGAAAGCUUUCGAGGAGUCGUAUAAAAAAGUAUUCAAGAAGGUGGAAGAAACAAAGAAAAAAGAAGACGAUGUCGUUGAAGCUAAAGAGGCAGACCCGGAGGAGCCGGUAGCGGUAAGCUCGAACAUCAAGGAGAAAAAGGACCUGUACAAGUCGAUUUUCCUGAGCAGCAGCGAAGACGAGGAAUCCGAGGGCGAGGAGUCGAAACUGGUCGACGAGGAGAAACUGAAGGCCGCGCUGAUCGGCAAAAGCGCGACGGAAAUGAACGCCCAGCGAAACACCUCGCCGCCGCGAGGUAUCUUCGCCAAUGUGGAUUUCGACAGUCUGAUGAAACGACCCGAUAAGGCAGAGACUCCAAAGGAUAAGGUUAAAGAGGUUGAUGAGAAGAAAGUCGAAGAGGAUGAGGUCGUCCAAGUCAAAAUGGAAGAGGACCAUUUGCCGCCUGACGUUUACGGGCCGGCCCUACCCACGGCGAUUCCACCGGUGGAAGAAGCUGCGAAGCCAGUGUUCACGGGCGGGCUGAGUAGAAAAUCCGGCGACGGCGAGGAUGGCAAGUGGGUGGAGAAGUCGAGGGACAAGAAGAAGUCGAAGAAGGAGAAGAAGAAACACAAGCACAAGGAGAGGUCGAGGAGCAAGAGCAGGAAGAAGUCGAAGAAGGAAAAGAGACAUUAGCUUUAAACCGUGUCUAGUGAUGAAUGUUGUAUAUUUUAAACGAUGAACUGAAUUUCUGUAAUAUAUUGUAUCGUCGACUUGAUCUGUAAAUACAGGAGGAGAAGCAAUGCUCGAUUGCUGUUUAUACGCGCUUUAUAUUUUACAUAUAGUUACGAGGUAUGGAGUCGUGCUCGAUCCAUGAUCAUUUUGUUUGGAUCUAAAACUUGAACAAUAAAUAUUUUUACACAAA